UCCAAAACCAUUUCGAACUGCAGGCCGGCUGGCAGAUCAGCUAAGACAAGACAGGCAUUAAGGAAUCCAAGAAAAAAGUCCAUGGAGAUCACGAAGGUCGACCUCCGUGGGCUAGAGUCUGGCGGGCGAGGGUGGGACGACGCCCGGGACGCGGUGACCGCGUCCAUGGUGGCGUACGGCUGCGUCGUGGUCCAGCACGACGGGUUCGGGAGGGACCUUCGGCAGGCGCUGUUCGGCCGCGCCUUGCCGGAGCUCUUCGGGCUCCCAGUGGAGGCCAAGCAGCGGAACGUCUACGACGACGUGCAGUACGGUGGGUACAUCGGGCAGAUACCCGGCAUGGCGUACGAGAGCAUGCGCCUCCAGGACGUCUCCGGCGCCGGCCCGAUACGCGACUUCGCCGGUCUCCUCUGGCCGCAGGGCAACCCCGCCUUCUGCGACACGAUCGGGGAGUUCGCCAAGGAUGGCAUGAAGCUGGAACAGACGGUGACGAGGAUGGUCUUGGAAGGCCUCGGUGUCCGCAACAGGAAGGCCAUUGACGCGCACCAUGAGAUGCUCGGCUAUCACCUCCGGAUGUCGUACUACGGCACGUCCCCGGAUCAGAAGCAGGACGCCACCAAGGUGUCCCUGCCGGCGCACCGCGACUAUGUCAUGACAAACGUGAUCGUGCAGCACGAGGUGGAAGGCCUGGAGGUGCAGCUAAGCGACGGCAGCUGGUUCGCCGUGCCGCCAGAGCCGGACACCUGCAUCGUCGUCGCCGGCGACCUACUGAGUGUGGUGACCAAUGGACGGGUGCAGGCAUGCCUCCACCGUGUCAGGACGCCGAGCAACCGCGAGCGUUUCGCCACGCUGCUGGGCUGCAUGCCGACGGCGGGCUGCAUGGUGCGGGCGAUGGACGAGCUCGUCGACGAAGACCACCCACUCAUGUACCGUCCCUGCGACCCCUAUGCGUAUUCUGACUUCCAGUACUCGGAGCAAGGCCGCAAAUCCAACGACGCGCUCAAAGAUUUCUGCGGAGUGCCAAAAAUCGAACCUCGAGUCUUGCUUCUGCGCAGUUAGUAGGAGUAGUAUAUAUGUUGUUUUUACAUCAUUUACCAGUUUGCUUUUUUACCAUAGGUUUUCCUAAAGAUGUACUGUAUCAAGCAAUGUUUUAGGGAAAAUGCCUAGAACUCAUUUAGAUGAGAUAUACUUUGGUCUCAUUCAUUUCACAUCAACUUUUUUUUUGAGAA